GCAGGGCCGCGGGUCCAGCCGCUGAGGCAGCCGGCGUGGACGAGUCCCGGACUCGCGCGGCGUAGCGUGGGGCCAGCCGGAGGAGCGCAGCAGCGGGCGGGUGUGCAGUUGGUGGCGGCAGCUAGCCGGAGGCGACUCAGGACUCGAGGCCCGCGCAGGAAAGAAAAACCUAACCCCUGGACCUCCCUCCACAACGAUGUCGGAGCUCAGCGAUGAAGCCAGCGAGCCAGAACUCCUGACCCGCAGCUUGUCUAUGUGGCAUGGGCCAGGUGCACAGGUCAGCUGGGAGCAGCUGGCCAUCCCCUUGGAUCUCCAUACAGCUGCUUCCAUCGGCCAGUACGAAGUGGUGAAGGAAUGUGUGCAGCGGAGAGAGGUAGAUUUGAAUAAGAAGAAUGGUGGUGGCUGGACCCCGCUGAUGUAUGCCUCCUACAUUGGACACGAUACCAUCGUGCACCUUCUGCUCGAAGCGGGGGUGAGUGUGAAUGUGCCAACCCCGGAAGGGCAGACUCCACUGAUGCUUGCUUCCAGCUGUGGCAACGAGAGCAUCGCCUACUUUCUUCUCCAGCAAGGCGCUGAGCUAGAAAUGAAGGACAUUCAAGGCUGGACUGCCCUCUUCCACUGCACCAGCGCAGGACAUCAGCAGAUGGUCAAGUUCCUUUUGGACAGCGGAGCAAAUGCCAACGUGAGGGAGCCAAUUUAUGGAUUCACCCCUUUGAUGGAAGCAGCUGCUUCUGGCCAUGAAAUAAUUGUGCAGUAUUUUCUGAAUCAUGGAGUCAAAGUGGACACAAGGGACCACAGUGGAGCCACAGCCCGAAUGCUGGCCAAGCAGUAUGGACACAUGAAGAUAGUGGGGCUGAUAGAUACUCACUCGCUUUCUCUGCCCAAGAGCCUCUAUCGGAGCCCAGAAAAAUAUGAAGAUCUGAGCUCUUCAGAUGAGUCCUGUCCUGCUCCUCAGAGACAGAGGCCCUAUCGGAAGAAGGGCCUCAGCAUCCACGAGGGGCCUCGGGCCUUGGCUAGAAUCACAGCCAUUGGACUCGGAGGCAAGAUCCAGCCAUCUUGCUAUGAGCAGGUGCCUCCACGGGGCUAUGUCACCUUCAACAGUAGUGAUGAGAACCCCCUGGAAGGAAGGGGCUUCUGCUACAGGGAUGUCACUUCCCCCAUCAACGACCGGGAUGUGGAGAGCAGCAGCAGCAGCAGCCGGGCUCAGACUCUGGAGAAUCACUGUGUGCGCAACCUACAACCAGACGUCGUGUCUUCACUGUUGGCAGAAGAGCAGGCCUUCUGUGCCCACCUCGGGGCUGUGCGGAGCAGCAGCAGCAGCGAGGGCCUGGCGAGAGCCCCAGGAGUCAGCAGCGAGGCCUCUUUGGAGAGCAAUGAGGAUUCAGAUAAUGCACGUAAAAGCUCAGCUCGCAAGCAAACUAAAAGUUAUAUGAAGACCAAGAAUCGCUACAGCAACAGUGACAACCAAUGGCCUCCCAGCACUGGGACUUCUGGGGCAGCCUGUUCCCCAGGACCUACCCCUCAGACUGAGAGGUUCCCCUAUGCAGGACCCCAGGACCUUGCCACACUGUUGGAGCAGAUAGGGUGUCUGAAGUACCUGCAGCUGUUUGAGGAACAGGACGUGGACCUUCGAAUCUUCCUGACUCUCACUGAGAGCGACCUGAAAGAAAUCGGCAUCACGUUGUUUGGACCCAAGAGGAAGAUGACUUCUGCCAUUGCCCGCUGGCACAGUAGUGCCCGCCCCCCCAGUGAUGCCCUGGAGCUGGCCUAUGCCGACAGGCUGGAAGCUGAGAUGCAGGAGCUCGCCAUCCAGCUGCACAAACGCUGUGAGGAGGUGGAGGCCAUGCGGGGCCAGGUAUCCCAGGAGCAGGAGCUGCGGGCUGUGGUGGAGAGCUGCCUCCUGGAGCAGGACAGCACCCGCAAGGACAUCCUUGCCCAGCUGCAGGAGACCUGGGCCCUGGCCCAGGAUGCUGCUCUCAUCCUGGACCAGCUACAAGCCUGUCAGGCUGAGCUGUCAGCCCGAGUGAAGCAAGACGAGUCCCCUCUGGGGGCCGCCCUAGGCCCAGCCCUCCCUACAGCUGACUCCAAAGGCUGGCAGGCCUCCCUGCAGGCCCUGAGCCUCCCCGAGCUGUCGGGAGCAUUGGAGGACCGAGUUCAUGAGAUGGGACGAGUGCUGUGCUCGGUGACCCAGGGCCUGGAGAAGCUGCAGGCACUGAAUGGGAAAGAGAACUGGCGGGAGCCUUAGUCUGAGGGAUGAACCUGACGUUGGGUGACUGAUCCACCCUGAAGCUGUGUGCCCGAAGACAGGAGGGCAGUGAGUGGGCAGUUGCAGCAGCCCAGGUCCCAGCUGGGGCCAGAGGACCGGCCCUCGGGAGCAGCUGGCAGAGACAGGACCAGGCUGUGGCCGGUGCCAGGCAGCAAGGCCCCCACAGAAGCAGGACGAGGGCCUUGCCCUGAACCUGGUGGUAAGGCCCAGAGCAGACAGGACCUUGGGGAGAGAGCGUGUCCCCAUACCGCGCAGAUGCCACACUCAGAUCUGCCCUGAUGGGUGAGGUUGGGCGUCUGGGCAGCAUAUGUCAUUUGCUGGAAAAUAAAAUGUAAGAUCAGCUGGUGA